AGAGAGGGAGACCCAGAAUCGGAAGCAGGCUCCAGGCUCUGAGCUAUCAGCCCAGAGCCCGACACGGGGCUCGAACCCACGAACUGUGAGAUCAUGACCUGAGCCAAAGUCAGACAUUUAGCCAACUGAGCCACCCAGGCGCCCAGCACAGAUUUCUCAUAUGUAAAAUGAGUAUGCCCAGGGUUGUUGUGUGGCAUGGGAGAGUGGGUUUGUGCAGCUUCUCUGUAAACUGUAAAAUGUCGUGCAGAGUCCACGAAGUGUCUGCACUUCAGUGUCUUGACUCAGGGGUCAACGUUGUGAGCUACUCCAAGGAGGGCUAGAUGGGACUUUUCUGGCACAUAGCUGCUCAUUUCAGGCCAUGUAGGGCCCCCGGCUUUUUGGAGUCCUAUAGGGUUCCUACGGGCAGCUGCUGCCAGGAUGGGUUCUGCAGGGCAUUUCAGGUUGCAGACUGUAUACAUGCUCAGAAGGACUUUGCAGCCUUUCUCAGCCAUGUUCCAGGAGGGAAUUAUUCCUUACAGUAUUGGCUUUCCUCCUAUGCUUUUACAAUCAUACUAAGAGAAAUAAGAAAAUAGACACGGAAAUAAUUUUCUGUGUUUUGUGGUUCCAUGAGGAAUCCCAGUUGAGUAAGGCUGGGACCUGGCAGACCCAGAAGCCUCCACAAUCCUUCACGAGGCUUCCACAGAGAAUGAGAGGCCCAAGAGAGGCAGGCAUUUGUCCAAGGUUGCACAGAGUUGGCAAAGCCGUCAUUCAAAACCAGGUUCCUGAAUGUCAGGCCAUGACUGUGUGAUGGGUGAUGUGACCCUUUACAUUCCUUCCACAUUUUCAAACUGGAGCAGUUUCAUGAUGCUGGGUUUUACUUCUCUGGUUGUUGAGUUUUUUCCCCAGACCACCCUAUCUGUAAGAGUGAUGGAUUUGAGAGGCCUGAGCAGUGGCCUCCUUUUUCUUGAGAGCUGAAGUCACAGCUCUGGCUGGCUCUGGGCUGUGUGUGGCUAAGUGCACUGCGGCCCUGGCAUGGUGGGAGGAGGGGCAGCAGCUAAGUGGUUUCUGAAAAAGGGAAAAAAUGAUGGGAAAAGCUCUGGGAUCCUCUGGGAAUCAGAACCACGGCAACAGCAGCUGCUGCCAUUGCUGGAAACAUUUUCCUUGAGUGCCAGAGUGUACCCACAGCCCAUCCCUGCCAGCGCUGAGUGACCACGGCCCAGGGAGGGGCCACGGACCCUCACAGAGGCAACUCUUCUCCCCACACCAGUCCAGCUCUCCCUUCAAGUAACGAAGUCUUGGAGCUCGCCGGCACCUGCUGUGUCCGGGGUGCGCUGCAUCUAGCUGGUGAGUCCUUUCUGUUGUUUGCUGGCCGGUGCCGAUGCUAGCUUUUAGAAUGGCACAGGGAGCUGUCAAAAACUGAGCCCUGCCUCUGUCCGCUUGGGUGACUAUGAGCAGUUCAACUAGCCUCUCAGCACCUUAGUUACCCCAUCUGAAAACGGGAUAAUAGCAGUGGCUGCCUCAAAGGUCAUGGUGACGCUGAAGUGAAGCUAUAGCUGUGGUGCACUUAGCCUGGUUAAUCGUAAACACUUGACAAGUGACUGUGGAGGUUGCCAUUGUCAUUGUGUCUGAGUUGCAUCAGGGUCAUCCUGGACCCUCCUCCUGGAGCAAAGAGGCCAGUGGUUUGUGGCCGGAGGUUUCGCCACAUAGCUCCAUCCAGGCUGAAGGGUGCUGGGUGGGGUGGCAGGAGUCCUGGGUUCUCACCCAGGCUCCACUCGCUCUCUGUUUUAGAUAGGGUUCCUGUGGCUCUUCAUCCAUAGGCGGGGUAGCCCCUGGAUCUCCGUCCCUCUUUAGGAAAUGCUCAGGUAGGAAUUUCCCUUUAGGAAUGAUCAGGGGUGGAUCCUGGACCAGUUCCCAAGAGCCUGUAGGGAAGCUGGAGGCAGACAGGUGCUUUGAGCAGAGAGGGAGCAGGAGAGCUGCACCCCGGGAUGUGUCAGCUGGAUUAGGGAGAAAAAGGGGGCUUCGCCCAGGUGGUGGGCAGUUUCCUUCCUGGCGCUGGAGUUGAGAAAGAUCCAGAGGCCAAACCAAGUUUUGCUGAGCAGGGUCAUUUUUUUCAGGACAGUCCUUUAGUCUCCAUUGGUGGGUUUGUGAAUCUUGCCUAAACCAGAACCGCCAUCUCCAUCAGACACCCCAAGUCAUAGUUGGAAAUUUCCCCCAUCAUCGUAGGACAUUCAACUGUGAUAGGUACCUUGCCACGGGGCUCAUGUGCUAGACACACCCGGGCCUGGCAGUGGCAGACUAUCUUGUAGUCUGCAGCCCAGAGCAAAUGGCCUCUCAGUCCCUGUCCUGCCCUCUGCUCUGGAAGAAGCUUAGUUUCCAGUAGGGAAUCAAGUGUGAGGCAUGCAGUGCAGAUUUGGGGUUUGUUGACUGACCGAAUGAUGGUACUGUGUGGGCUGCUUCAUGUUUAUUGGGUUUGGUUAGAUUUGGACCAGUCAGAGGGAGAGGCAAAAGGUGACACUGUGGAAUGAUUUGUGGGGGCCCCUGCUAAUGGGUGCUCUGGUUGGGAUAUUAAGAACUGUGAGUCAGGCAUCAGGUUUAUUCUUGGUUUUGUGGCCAGUCCUACCAAGGGGAGAUGCCCUGCGAGAGUCAGGCCCUGGCAGAUGGCCUGGUUCGUACUUGUACUUCAUUUUGGCCUUUGAGCUUCCUGGGAUGCUUGUUUGAGCAGGAAGGUGCUACAGGUUGGGGCUUCUGAGCAGAAGGGGGUUGUCCCUGCCUGCCUGGCCCCAGGGCUAGGGGACUUUGGGCUGAUCAGUUCCUCACCCUGGUGUGAGGUCCGGGGCUGAGUUUAAUGGCUGAGAAGACCCCUGUGGUGGAGUGCUAGAGAUACUCUGCAGUCAGGCUUCUGGGUAUCAAAUCCAGGUUCCACCUCGUCCUAACUGUGGCCUCCAGCAACCACUGUGCCUGAGUUUCCUCAUCUGUCAAAUAUUUACCUCUUGGAGAUGUGAGAAUGAAGUGAGCACAUGUGAAGUGUUAGAAUGGUACCCAUCCUUGCACAGUACAUGCUCAAGCACGUCAGUUACUUUCGUUCUUACUAGCCUCCUGUGCCUUUUAAUGGUAGCAGGCUCCACAUAGUAUGAACAUAAUAAGACAUUCUCUUCCGAAAGCGCAGAUGAGUGUUGGUGUUUAUGCUUCUGAAGCUUCUCAUGGCUUCCUACCAUCCACACAAUAAAGUCCAAAUCCUGUUCCUUGACGUUCAAGGACAACAGCCAUCUGGUUCUGCCCUGCUGCCUGUCCUCCAGGCCCACUGGCUUCCUCUUCACCAGCUACUUUGGGAUCCCCAUCCUCUCCCCUGGCCCCAGAUCAACCCUCCUCUCCUUCUAGGCCCAGAUCCUCUGUCACCUUCUCCAUGAAGCCUUCUUCAGGACCCUGGCCCCUCCUGUGAUACCCUGCCCCAGCCAGUGCCUGGUUACUGUCUCAGAUGGGGCCGAGUCCUCUCUGUGCCCCCAGCACAGGCCUGGGUACCCAGUAGGAUUCAGUAGGUGGCUGUUGAGUGAUGGGAUGAACAAAUGGGUGAGUGGUUGGAAGGAAGAUUCCCUGUGGCCAGGAACACUUCCUGCUGCAGGGUUUCCAUCUGAGGGAUAACCCAGAGAAAGACUCGAGCCCCCCUGAGAGCAACAGCAGGCAGGAUGGAAAACGGGCCGGCAGUCAGCUGUCUGUCUUCUUCGCAGGGUGCAGAGUGGUGAGGCUGCCUCAUUUAUUUUUCCCCCAAGGACCUGGGCAUCAGAUAAUAGCUGGUCUAUUGCCGAGGCCCAGCUGUGUGCUCUGAGUGUUCACUGCCUAACUUGCACUUGAAAAUGCAGGUUGUGAGCAGCUUCCCAUUUCUUGACUGGCUAUUUUUUGGAAUCCAACCACUGCUGGAACAUGAAUCUCACUAACUUUCUUUGGAAAUGGGAACAAGAAGGGUCUAUAUCUGAUCUCUUUCAUGUCCCCGACAGUGACCACAGCUUUAUUUCAUAGAGAGGGGGAUCAGGCAAGUGCCCUGCUCAGGAAGAGGUCAUAGGAUGUGGGGGAGAUAAAGCAGUGCCAGAUAGAAAUUGCUAGACUACAUAAUGGAUGGUGCUAACAGGGCCAUGAAGGAUGAUGGACAACCAACUGGGCCACUCUGGAUGGGGAGGGAGCAUGGCCAGUGCAGAGCCUGGGGGUGUGGAGGAGGCAGCAUUAGUGUUGGACCCCAAAGGGAGGUGGCCUCUGAAAAGUGAUAGGAUUUGGGCAUGAAGAGGAGAAGGAAAAUGCCCCCCAAGUGGAGACACUGCAGAGGCAAAGGCCUCUGAGAUGUGGAACAGCCCUGGGUACCAGGGAGUGGGGAUGGCCUGCUGGAUGGAGGGAGGAGUGGGACAGAAGGUUAGGAAGGGGGUGGAAGACACUAUCAAAACAAGUUCACGGCCAUAUAUGCUAGUGCUAGCUGCCAGCUGAACACCACAUGUUCAGGCCUGGAAGGCCUGCACCAGCCUCUAAUCUCUUAAAGUUUAAAAAUUCAGGGAUGCUUGAAAUUUCACAAAAAUGACAAAAAAGUGCAAGAAGUCCCCACCAACUCAAUAGUUGCAGCUGCCAGGUCGAAGAGCAAAAGCAGGCAAGCACGUGGCUGGUGACGGGGACACGUGGCACAAGAAGGCCUGUGCAGCAUGGGGUGUGAGCAUGUCAGUCUCUGCCGCUCACCCUGUUCACAGAGACACAGCCUGUUCUGCUCUUUGAGGCUGAGCCAUUCUCAUCACCGAGUCCCUCCCUCAAUGCCCAGCCAUUGACAGCCACUCCCAUUGUUUCCUUUAUUCUGAUCUUGGAGGGAGGCAGAGCAGUAGUUAUGAUCCCACUUUGCAGAUGAGGCAACUGAGGCCCAGAGAGAGCAAUCCAUUCAUGUCUUUCAGAGCCUUAUGGCUUCAAGCUGGGGGACACAUCCACUCUUGAGCCCAAUGCCCAUGGGGUUGCUAGGCCUGCUCACCCCUGGGGCCUCUGAGGUAGGAGGUAUAGCACCCCUAGAAGCUUUAGUUCUGGGGCGCUAGGGCCAGCAGCUGUUGGAUCUCUGGGGUGUCCUGCUUCACAGGGGCUUUUGCAAGGAGGGCAGAUGGGGGCUAGAGUUGUGGAGUCCUCAAGCUGGGCACACACCUGAUCUUGGUGGCUGCCUGCAGGCUGCCUCUCAGGCCACAACGGAUCUGACAAGGAUGAAGAAAUGGGGGAGCUCAGACUCAGGGGAGUCUGAGGAGCCACCCCAAGAGGACUCCUGCUCAGACCCCCUGGAUGGAGACCCUAACUCCAGGCCAGCUCCAGCCAAACCCCACAUCUUCCCCACGGCCAAGAGCCGCAGUCGGCUUUUUGGGAAAUGCGACUCGGAGGAAGCUUCUCCAAUGGACUGCUCUUACGAGGAAGGCCAGCUAGCCUCCUGCCCAGCCAUCACCGUCAGCCCUGUUGUCAUCAUCCAGAAGCAUGAGGAUGGCCUCACCUGUGACAGGCAGUCUUCCCAGGACUCUGCUCCUGCUGGGUCUGAGAAGAACCUCAAGCUGUAUGAUCGCAGGAAGAUCUUUGAAGCCGUCGCUCAGAAUAACUGUGAGGAGCUGCAGAGUCUGCUGCUCUUCCUGCAGAAGAGCCAGAAGCACCUCAUGGACAGCGAGUUCAAAGACCCAGAGACCGGGAAGACCUGUCUGCUGAAAGCCAUGCUCAACCUGCACGAUGGGCAGAAUGAUACUAUUCCCCUGCUCCUGGAGAUUGCCCGGCAGACGGACAGCCUGAAGGAGUUUGUCAACGCCAGUUACACAGACAGCUACUACAAGGGUGAGCUGCCCCUCUCCUUGGCUGCAUGUACCAACCAGCUGGGCAUCGUGAAGUUCCUGCUGCAGAACUCUUGGCAGCCAGCAGACAUCAGUGCCCGGGACUCGGUGGGCAACACAGUGCUGCAUGCGCUGGUGGAGGUGGCCGACAACACAGCCGACAACACUAAGUUUGUGACGAGCAUGUACAAUGAGAUUCUGAUCCUGGGGGCCAAGCUCCACCCUACACUGAAGCUGGAGGAGCUCACCAACAAGAAGGGGCUGACGCCACUGGCUCUGGCUGCCAGGAGUGGGAAGAUUGGGGUCUUGGCCUAUAUUCUUCAGAGGGAGAUCCAGGAGCCCGAGUGCAGGCACCUGUCCAGGAAGUUCACCGAGUGGGCCUACGGGCCUGUGCACUCCUCACUCUACGACCUGUCCUGCGUCGACACUUGCGAGAAGAACUCGGUGCUAGAAGUGAUCGCCUACAGCAGCAGUGACACCCCCAAUCGCCACGACAUGCUUUUGGUGGAACCGCUGAACCGACUCCUGCAGGACAAGUGGGACAGAUUUGUCAAGCGCAUCUUCUACUUCAACUUCUUCGUCUACUGCUUGUAUAUGAUCAUCUUCACCACAGCAGCCUACUACAGGCCUGUGGAUGGCUUGCCUCCCUAUAAGCUGAAACACACUGUUGGGGACUAUUUCCGAGUCACUGGCGAGAUUCUUUCUGUAUCAGGAGGAGUCUACUUUUUUUUCCGAGGGAUUCAAUAUUUCCUGCAGAGGCGGCCAUCUCUGAAGACCUUGUUUGUGGACAGCUACAGUGAGAUGCUUUUCUUUGUGCAGUCACUGUUCAUGCUGGGGACCGUGGUGCUGUACUUCUGCCACCACAAGGAGUACGUGGCCUCCAUGGUGUUCUCCCUGGCCAUGGGCUGGACCAACAUGCUCUACUACACCCGCGGCUUCCAGCAGAUGGGCAUCUAUGCUGUUAUGAUUGAGAAGAUGAUCCUGAGAGACCUGUGUCGCUUCAUGUUUGUCUACCUUGUUUUCUUGUUCGGGUUUUCCACAGCGGUGGUGACACUGAUUGAGGAUGGGAAGAAUAAUUCUGUGCCGGCUGAGUCCACAUUGCACAGGUGGCGAGGGCCUGGCUGCCGGCCACCCGACAGCUCCUACAACAGCCUGUACUCCACGUGUCUGGAGCUCUUCAAGUUCACCAUUGGUAUGGGAGACCUGGAGUUCACCGAGAACUAUGACUUCAAGGCUGUCUUCAUCAUCUUGCUGCUGGCCUACGUGAUUCUCACCUAUAUCCUCCUGCUCAACAUGCUCAUCGCCCUCAUGGGUGAGACCGUUAACAAGAUCGCGCAGGAGAGCAAAAACAUCUGGAAGCUACAGAGAGCCAUCACCAUCCUGGACACAGAGAAGAGCUUCCUUAAGUGUAUGAGGAAGGCCUUCCGCUCAGGCAAGCUGUUGCAAGUGGGGUACACACCUGAUGGCAAGGAUGACUACAGGUGGUGUUUCAGGGUGGAUGAGGUCAACUGGACCACCUGGAACACCAAUGUGGGCAUCAUCAAUGAAGACCCGGGUAACUGUGAGGGCAUCAAGCGCACCCUGAGCUUCUCUCUGCGCUCAGGCAGAGUUUCAGGAAGAAACUGGAAGAAUUUUGCCCUGGUUCCCCUCUUAAGAGACACAAGUACAAGAGAAAGGCACCCUGGCCAGCCGGAGGAGGUUCAUCUGAGGCACUUUGCAGGUUCCCUCAAGCCAGAAGAUGCUGAGGUCUUCAAGGAUCCUGCUGCUUUAGGGGAGAAAUGAGCGACCCCUACAGGGUUCUCUUAACACUAUUGGGCCUCAGGAUAUGCCACUGCUGCCAUACGGCACUCUCAGCAGCCUGGCCUGGUCUGUGCCUGCCUCGGCACUUUCCUCGCCUGCCCUGGACAAGCUGUGUGAAGCAUUGUUGGAUGCCUGGGAAGAGAUAGCCAUCCAACCCUCACUGUCCCCAAGUGAGUCUCCUAAAAGGAAAGGAUUUUGCUCGCUCUCUCUCUCUCUUUUUUUUUUUUUUUACAGACUUUGUUAAGUAUCAUGAAUGAUGUAUCUUUAUGUGGACGUAUGUGAUGCCCCUAUUUUAUUUUAUUUUCUAUCACUAGGACUAAAAGUGAAUGAGGCCCAGGAAAACACCUCUUAGAACAAAAGGUUAGAACCCCUCUUAGAACAUGUCCUUCAAUGUAAAAUGCCAAAGCUGUUCUCUGUAUUGGGUUUAAUACCUUCCUUGAAGAAAGCGGUCUGGGGGUGAUGUCGUUUAUUCCUCAGAGAAGGUGGGGGAGGCUGGCCCUAUUCCCAGCUCUGGUGGAAUCAGGUUUUUCCAGAGUGACUUCCUCCUUCUGUGUGAUCCAUCACAGUUCCAAAAAUUUUAGCUCUAUUGCUGUUCAGAUGAAAGUACGGAACCCUGUCUCAAAAGCAUGUGGCAAGAGUUUUUUAAUGAUCUUCUAUUUGUUGUGACCAUAGUCCUGCUCCCCUGCAGUGGUAUGUAUCUCCACCUCCAUCCAUCCUGUUGUCCAUCAAAUACAUAAGUAAGUAAGCAAGUAAAUAAAUAAAUAGGUAAAUAUCA